AUGCAGCGUCGUCUACAAGAUGACGGCUUUGUACAUGUUGAGUUUUUUGUUGAGGUGGAAACCGUGACGAUUCUAGACGGUGUUUCGCAUGCGGCCGGUGGCUUGGCUAGCCUUGAAAAUCUGACGGGCCACUUCAUCGUUGAUUUUGGAGCUGCGAGGAAGAGUGUUGUCCAAAUAGCUGAAGUUGCCCACGGCCUGCAGUUGAGUUCCGUUCACGUUGAAGUUGUCAUGGUUAAUGUGGCCACCACAAACUUCUUCUGA